AUGGUAGAAGAAAUCAAUGCAGUUUUAAGCAAUGGAAAGUUCUGUACUUGGGCUGAUGUGAAAAGAAUGCCAUACUGUUAUGCAGUCGUUCUUGAAACCCAAAGAUACUCUACACUUGUACCGAUUGUUAGCCAUUACUGUUCAACAAAAGAUGUAGAGUUUGAAGGAUUUACUAUACCACGUGACACAAUGGUCUGGGGAAAUAUAUGGUCUGGUCAUCAUGAUGAAUCAGCAUGGACAAAUGCAUGGAAUUUUAAUCCAGAACGAUUCCUCGAUAGUACGGGUAAUUUAUUGCCAGAGGAGGGACCUCUGCGAAAAAGACUUAUACCACUUGGAGUUGGGAAGAGAUACUGUGUUGGAAGUGAUUUUGCCAUGUCGCGAUUGUUUACAUACAUUGUAACAUUAGUGCAGCAUUUUGAUAUUCUUCCUCCAAAAGACACAGAUCUAGAUUCGGACGACCCAAAUCAUUAUACAGGUGGAGCAGUAUUACAAGUGGGAGGCUUUAUGCUUAGAGUAGAAAGAAGAAACUAA